AUGCGUGAUGAGUGUAGGCUCAUCAGUUCUAGCCAGUGGACUACCGUGGCGGGGGAUGUUGGUAGUGGAGGAGGCUGUGCAGGUGUUGGGGCAGGAGGACCAAAAGUAACCUAUAUACCACCUCCUCCACCUGAGGAUGAGGACUCCAUGUUUGCACAUUAUCAACCAGGGAGAAACUUUGACAAAUACGAUUGUAUUCUUGCAGAGGUAUCCGGACGCAAUGCGCCACCACCGAUUUUGACUUUUAAAGUAGCGAAUCUCUGUCAGACACUGCAUGACAACAUUGCUAAAGCUGGUUAUUCUAAGCUUACUCCUGUGCAGGAAUACGGUAUUCCUGUUACCCUGGCAGGACGAGAUUUGAUAGCCUGUGCGCAAACAGGGUCUGGAAAGACUGCGGCAUUUCUCUUGCCCAUUUUGGCUCAUAUGAUGAGUGCUGGAAUAACUGCCAGUCAUUCUAAAGAGCUGCAGGAACCCGAGUGUAUUAUUGUAGCACCAACUCGAGAAUUAAUCAGGCAGAUCUAUUUGGAAGCCAGAAAAUUUUCUUUUGGGACUUGUGUAAGAGCUGUUGCUGUAUAUGGGGGAACCCACUUUCGGCAUUCAGUCCGUGAGAUAGUGCAAGGCUGUAAUAUAUUGUGUGCUACUCCUGGAAAACUGAUGGAUAUCAUAGGCAAAGGAAAGAUUGGUCUCGGACAAGUCAGAUACUUAGUUUUCGAAGAAGCUGAUCGCAUGCUGGAUAUGGGCUUUGGACCAGAAAUGAUAAAGUUAAUUUCCUGCCCACGAAUGCCACCAAAGGAGCAGCGUCAAACCGUUAUGUUUAGUGCAACAUUUCCAGGAGAAAUUCAGAGGUUGGCUCGUAAGUUUUUGAAGCGGAAUUACUUGUUUGUUGUGGUUGGACAAAUGGGGAGAGCAUGUGUAGAUGUUCAGCAGAUCAUUCUCCCAGUUGGCCAGUACUCAAAAAGAGAGAAACUUCUUGGAAUUCUACUAACCACAGAUGCCCCCAUCACGCCCCACGCCCAGCUGCGUACCUAG